UGUGGGCUUCAAAGACUCCAAUUCCAUCUUCGAUUCGUUUCUAUUCUCUUUCCGAGAGCGAAGGUUUCCCAGAAAUGGAACAAGGAGAUGAUGCCAAAUCACCCUCCAAUUCACAACAAACUGUUUCUGAUGAUGACGAGAUUGACUACUCAACCAAACCGGAGUUUUAUGAUCCUGAACUUGACGAAAAGGAUGAAAACUGGAUUCAUAAAAAAAGACAUGGACGUGACUCUGAUGCGGUGCUUUGCUGCCCCGCUUGCUUCACCACACUCUGCCUAGAAUGUCAAAGGCACGAGAAAUAUUUGACACAGUAUAGAGCAAUAUUUGUUACGAACUGCAAGAUUGAGGAUAGACAAGUAACGAGUCAAAGUAGCUCAAAAUCAAGAAAAAGAAAUAGAAGGGACAGAGAAUUUGGUGGGAGCGAUGAAAAAUUAAAACAAGUAUGCUGCGCUGUUUGUUCAACAGAGGUAGGUGUCUUUGAUGAAGACGAGGUUUAUCAUUUCUUCAAUGCACUCCCUAGUGAAUGCUGACAUACCAGUGGUUUUGCUGCUCAAUCAUUCGGCUGGAAUGUGAGUUUCGCUGCCUUGUAAAAUUUAAAUUCAGGAAUAUUUUCUAUAAUAUCUCUGUGUUGUUCAUUGUCGCUCAUCCUUUGCUCAUCGUUGUCAUUGUUCUCGUAAACUCUCACUUUAGUGUUAUUGCUUGGCCUUGUUGGUUUUUGCACUA